GCUCUGAUUUUUUUAUUACUUAAUCAUUAUUUUCAUCUUCAACUACAAAUUUAGCAUCUUUAUUUUCAUCUUUCUCCCUCUCUUUUACUUACCCAUUCCAACUCUAAUCUACUAUCGAUUCACUUUUCGUAAAAAACUUUCAUUUAGUUGAUCAUUGACCAGUUUUUGACCAAAGCAGUUUUCGCUUUCGCUCGUUUCUUUUUUUUCACUAUUGUUUAGUUGAAACAUGGCCAUUGUUUUUUGAUUGACUAUGUUAAUUAGAAAUUAAUUUUUUUAUUCUUAUCUUCAUCGGCAUUGCCUUCACCAUUAUAGUUGAAAAUGACUUUUGAAGUGAUAACACCUGUGUUACCAGCUCUUUUACCAUUAGCAACUGUACUCUUAAUCCGUCAGAUUGACCAUUCAGUGCCAGUUUCUGGUCCAACAUGGGAUCCAUUUUAUGAUUAUAUCAUCAUUGGUUCAGGUUCAGCUGGAGCAGUGUUGGCCAAUCGUUUAACCGAGGAUCCUACUGUAAGUGUUUUGGUUCUUGAAGCGGGUGGAAGUGAAUCUAUAGUGACAGAUAUACCCGUGAGUACAACUUCAUUGCAAAAGACUCCCCUUGAUUGGGCUUAUGAAACUGAACCGCAAACAGCCUCUUGUUUUGGUCUGCGAGGUCGUCGAUCUCAUUGGCCAAGGGGUAAAGUGCUUGGUGGUUCUUCAGUUCUCAACUUUAUGCUCUAUGUUCGUGCUAACCGUCGAGAUUAUGACAAUUGGGCUUUCAACCAUGGCUGUCAUGGUUGGUCUUGGGAGGAUGUUUACCCAUAUUUCCUAAAAUCGGAAGAUAACCAAGAUCCAAUCCUUUCUCAAAAGCCAUGGCAUGCCCGAGGUGGUUACCUAACUGUGUCAACUCCACCGUCACCAACCCCAUUGGCAAAAGCUUUUCUUGAUGCAUCAAGAUCAAUGGGUUAUGAAGUGCGUGAUGUUAAUGGCCCAGUUCAAACUGGAUUCGCUUUUCCUCAAGGAACUAUGCGCCAUGGAGCUAGAUGUUCAACUGCUAAGGCCUUUCUUUUACCAGCCAAACAACGACCCAAUCUUCGACUUGUGACUUUUGCUCAGGCAACCAAAAUCCUAUUCAAUGCUCAUAAACGUGCCAUUGGUGUGAGAUUCAGUCAUUUUGGAAUGAUGCACAAGGUAAUGGCCAAACGAGAAGUCAUUAUAUCAGCUGGAGCAAUCAACUCACCUCAAUUACUCAUGCUUUCUGGAAUUGGUCCACGCUAUCAUCUUGAAUCUCUUGGAAUACCUGUUAUUGCUGAUUUACCGGUUGGUGAUAACUUACAAGAUCACAUUUAUCCAGGAGGAAUUCAUUUUUCCCUUGAAGCACCUGUUUCCAUUGUUGAAGAGCGAACUAAAAAUCCACAAAAUUUGAUUAACUAUUUUACUUUCGGCAAAGGACCAUUGACCUCUCUUGGAGCCAUUGAAGGUCUUGGUUUUAUCAAUUCAAGAUUUGCCAAUUGGACUGAUGACUAUCCUGAUAUUGAGAUUCACUUUAUUGCUGGUGGACCAAUGUCAGAUGAUGGUAAAUCAUUGAGAGAAGCUGUUGGUGUUCGUGAUGAAAUAUGGGCCAAAUAUUACCAACCAUACACCGAAAAAGAUGGUUUCUCCGUUUAUCCAGUUCUUUUGAGGCCCAAAAGUCGAGGUUGGGUUAGAUUGAAGUCUCGUAAUCCAUUUGCAGCUCCUUUAAUAGAUCCACAAUAUUUAACAGCAGACAAUGAUAUACAUGUUAUUGUCGACUCAAUGAAGUUUGCCAUUCAGCUGGGUAAUUCACCAAGUUUUGCCAAAUUCAAACCCAAGUUAUACGAUCAGCUUUUCCCUGGAUGUGAAGAGUACGUCCAAUGGUCAUCUGAGUAUUUAGCUUGUAUUGCUCGAUCCUUUACAGCCACAAUUUACCAUCCUGUAGGCACAUGUAAAAUGGGUUCGCCUUUGGAUCCAUCAGCUGUAGUUGAUCCACAGCUAAGAGUGCUUGGUGGAGUAAGUGGAUUAAGGGUAGUUGACGCUUCCAUUAUGCCGCUUAUUGUUUCAGGCAAUACCAAUGCUCCAACUAUCAUGAUUGCCGAGAGAGCUGCUGAUUUAAUUAAAAAAUCAAAAUAUAAUUUCCACCUUUAAGUCGGACCAAAAGCCAACAAACGUGUUACUGAUGUAGCCAAGUUUACCAUCGUAUCAGUAAUCAACGCCAAGUGUAUUUUAGUUUUUGUUCAAUCUCGCUGUGAAUCAAGUUAUAUCAUGAAUCGAAAUUGAUUUAUUUUGAUUUUUCUCAUUUCCUUGAUCAUCAUAACAUCAACAUCAUCAUCAUUUAACACAUUUUCAUCGAUUUAACCAAGACGACAACCACCACAACAGUUACAAGGCUUACUUUGUCAGGACAAAUGUGAUCCUCAAAUUAUUUAAAGAAGAUACAAAAGGAUUAAUUAUUUUGACGUAAUUAAACAAUUGAUUAUAUUACCUCUAGUCCAUUAGUUAAAGGUCUACAACAAUAAUACUACAACUUUAGUUGCCAUCAUCAUCUUAAUCACCAAAAAACAUCAUCAUCUUCAUGAAUAAAUCAACAUUUACAUCUUACCCAUAAAAAUACAUACAAUAACUUAACGUGAAAGUAAAAAAAAGACUAAUUUUGUUCUCAAUUAACUGAUUUUUUUUACUUCUAAUUUGAGAUAUUUCCUGAAGCAAGUUAUCCUUAAGCAGUGAAUUUAGUUAACUUUUGUUCAGUCCAUACUGAGAUCCGUUCAAUGUGAGUUUAUGAUUAAUAUGAUCAGCACUCAAUUUAGCCUUUCAAGUAUCCUCCAAUAAAACUGUUAUAAGAUUAUGAGAAAUCUAUUAAUCAAAGCAAAUUGGAAAUAGCAAUCAGACUCGUUCAGAAACCAAGUCAUCUCAAUAACUAGAAACUAAUCUGUGAUUAUUAUUGUUCAUCGCAAUCCUCAACUUUUUGUAAUGAUUUACUUGGAAAUCCAAUGAAAUAAAACAAAUUAAUUAUUUGAA